AUAGGCUUGAGUCAAUCCUCACGCAAUACAGAUCUGAUGCGCGUGCGCGUUAUCAAGCAAGUAGCUACACACGUGUUGUGCUGUCUUGUGCCUCUUAAAUAUAAAGCUAUAGCUUUUCCGAAAACAAACGCUGGCCCAUUCGACUAUAACCUGGUUAUGCAAGUAUUCACUGAUUGUGCAGACGCGGUUGUGUUGAGUCUGACGGCUGAACUGAACAUUGCAGUUGACCACCACUUGUACCUCAUGAGUUUUGUGGAAUACUCGAAGUUCGUCCAAGAAGGGGAUGUUGUCAUCAUCUUCAUGGGUCAUGAUUCAAUGAUGCCGGUGAAAGUUCAGUCCGGGGCUCAGACGCAGACCCGUUUUGGGGUCAUCCGGCAUUCCAGUGAUCUGAUUGGGCAACGAUUUGGUUCCAAAGUGACUUGCAGUAAGGGUGGUUGGGUUUACGUGCUGCACCCUACGCCAGAGCUGUGGACUGUAAAUCUGCCCCACCGAACACAGAUCCUCUACACUACAGACAUUGCCAAUAUUACACUGAUGCUGGAGCUCAAACCGGGCUCUGUUGUCUGCGAGUCAGGUACCGGUAGCGGCUCUCUGUCUCAUGCUAUUCUGCGGACCAUUGCUCCCACCGGCCACCUGCACACGGUGGAGUUUCACGCUCAACGGGCCGAGAAGGCAAUCGAGGAGUUCAAGGAGCACAAGGUGUCUCACCUUGUUACCGUUAGAAACCAGGACGUGUGCAAGGAGGGCUUCGGUGUCACAGGUGUAGCUGAUGCAGUCUUUUUAGACAUCCCAUCUCCAUGGGAGGCAGUCAUACAUGCCAAGAGGGCCAUGAAACGCAAGGGAGGACGUCUGUGUUCCUUCUCACCGUGUAUAGAGCAGGUCCAGAGGACUUGCGAGGCAUUACUGGACCAUGGUUUUGAGGAGAUCUGCACGUUAGAGGUUCUGCUGCGGGUUCAUGAUGUUCGCACUGUCACUUUGCCUCUACCAGACUUUGGCCCUGAAGAUGACUCGACUGACAGUACCCAGAUAAUGUCAAGUGCCGGUCAAGAGGAGGUCCCAAACACUGGAAACACCUCUGUGGUCUGUCGGACUGCCACAGCCCCAAGAGAAAUGGCAGGGCACACGGGAUACCUCACGUUUGCUACCAAACCACGGGACUAAGGGUAACUGAAAAUAAAGGAUGAGUUAUUAGAUCAUGAUAUUUAAAAACUGUCUGGUGCAAGUUAUUUUUCAUCAUUAAUGUUUUUAUUUUUUGAAGAACAGGGAACUGUAGAUUAUUUGUUUUAGUACAAUAAAAUGAAAACCCAGUGGAAAACAAUGCACUCUGUGGGUUUUUUGUGUGUGGUUGACAUCAUGGCAGCUUUUUAUGACUCCAUUUGUUUGAUAAUCAGCUCUUUGUAACUCAUGCGCACAUAUCUGACCUCAAGUUAGAGAACACAAGAUAAUGGUUCGUAAAUGCACUGUAUGCUCAUGACGUGCAUCUUGUGAUGAUAAAAUUUGUGCCAGUUUGGUCUGUGGGGUAGGAUUUUAUUCAAUGAGCUCUUGAUGUUAUGCAUGAGCGAGCUAUCAGCAGUACUUUAAUUUCAGACAGCUAGUAGUUUAAGUUCAAGGUUGUUACAGCCUGUUUUGUGUACAUUAUGUUUUUGCAUGUGAAAAGUGAGGUACACCGUACGUACAGAAGAAAAGUAGUGUCUGUUUUACUUACAAAUCUGCAAGGGGCUUAGAUCUGAUUUUCUACUCCACCUCCCCAACCCCACAAGUAUAAUGGAUCCAUGUUUCCAUAUAAGGCUUCCUACUUCAAUCCUAUGAUGCCUUCACAGAUGUUGUGUGUUAAAUAUUAUUAUCUUUUUAUGACCUUCAGUCAAUCAUAAACCAGAAAAUAUAGGCUGUGGAAUAGAAUACCAGCAUACUACUAGUGUAUACUGUAUACUUCAGACUAUAAAAAGUUAAUGACCAUCAUGUAAUUUUAAUUUUAAAGUUGUAUUGUGAAAAACAGUAUUGUGUAAGUCAUAUCAAUAUUUUGGGCAUACAGCAAAUGUGCCUACUGUACACACUAAACGUAUUAUUUAUGCACUUCACAACAUAGUCAUCUUCCACGCCCUGUCGGCCCUCCGAGACAUCAUUUUCAUAAAUGUGCUGUUACUGUGCAAAAGGGAUUGAGGGUUAUGUAAUGUUUCUCAUGCAAAGAAAACCUUUAUGUCCCAUAUCUACUCUGUGAUAAUACAUUGCAUCCAUAUGUGGAGGUGGAAAGUUGAUGUAACACUAGGACUGGCAUGUUUAAUUUUUAAGCCAUCUGUUUCCUGUUAAAAUACCGACCGUAUCCAGUAAAAAUGACAACGCACCCCAUAACUCAGGUCGGAGUGUCUAAACAGAGUACAGUUUCUGGAAUAGCGUAUUUUAUAACUUUUAUAAAGCCUCACACAACUUAAUCUGCUUGUUAGCAAGGGUACUGCCCAGUGACAGUGUAGUGUGCAAUGUUAUUGUUAAAGGAGAAUGCUGGGACUUUAGCAUAUUCACCAUAUCCCCCAGAGUUAGAUAAGUCCAUACAUACCCUUUUUAUCUCUGUGCGUCCCGUAACUCUGUAUGACGCAUUCACUGCUAUAGCCUAGCUUAGCACAAAGACUGAAAGUAAAUAGCUCCAGGUCACCACGUGUACAAAUAACAAGGUCAUAUGUUGCACAGCCUUCAUUUAACUGUACACAAUUACACAAUUCCCCUUUAAACGCAACAGUUAGGAUUGUUUACAUGUGACCGACCCAACAUUUUUAAAGUGUAGUUUAUGUAGGAGUUGGCAUGUCUGUAUUAAAUCCAUGCUUGUUUGUGCACUAAAUAUACAGUACAGUAUAAACACACCUCUGCUUUUCCUUUUGAAGGAUACCAAAGUGCUGGCAGGCAGAUCAAUAGAGAGGAGGAGGAGCGUUGGAUAAGUGUGUACUCAGACUGUAAAUCAAUAGGAUACUGUUCCAUUACUGUCUUUACCGUUACUCAUGCUUUCAAACACAAUAACUUGCAUCUGUGAUGAAUGCGCAUGGUACUUAUAAGAUAAAAAUACCCAAACACACUUUCUCAUACAAGCAAAUUUUCUUUUGCUGUGCACUCCUCACUUUCAGACUGUACAUUCAGCUCAAUUUAAUCCAUUAGCUGAGAGGAGA